CCAGACGACAAUGGAGCAGACAGUACACUCAUGUGUGAGUUUUGUGGAUUUUUAUUUUGAAAUUGGCCUUCAAUAUAAGGAUAUUCAGUCUCUUCUUGCCAAAAAGCACGGGUGUCACAUCAGUGUGCGACAUUUAAAAAGAAUACUUAGUGCAAGAGGACACACUCGUCGUAACUAUUAUGCUGACUUGGCAAGUCUGGUGGAAUUCGUCAGGAGAGAACUUCAGUCCUCUGGACAGCUUCACGGAUAUCGGUGGAUGUAUGCUAAAUGCAGGCAACAUGGACUUCGUGUAAGAAAGGAGGAUGUCCGUCUGAUCAUGAGAGAAUUAGAUCCAGCCGGAGUUUCCUCAAGGCAAGCCAGACGUCUUCAAAGAAGAAACUACUUCUCAAAGGGUCCGAACUUCAUUUGGCACAUUGACUCUUAUGAUAAACUGAAGCCAUUUGGCUUUUGUAUUAACGGAAGCAUAGAUGGAUUUUCACGAAAGAUUAUCUGGCUCAAUGCAUACACCACAAAUAGUGAUCCCAAGUUGAUAGGAGGAUAUUACACGGAAGCAGUAAAGCGUUUGGGAGGGUGUCCGAGAGUUGUUAGAGGGGAUCUAGGUACAGAAAAUGUUUAUGUCAGAGACUUCCAGAGAUACCUCAUUCCCACUCAGCCCAACGACCCUCUGGAAAGUUACCUCGAAGGAGCAAGCACUGCAAAUCAAAGGAUUGAAUAUUGGUGGCGCUUUCUGCGUACGGAGUGUAUGGAGUUCUGGCUGUCCUUGUUUGCUGACAUCAGAGACAAUGGAUUCUUUGAUGGGGGAUUUCUGGACAAAAGCAUUCUACAGUUUUGCUGUAUGGGACUCAUACAGGAUGAGCUGGAUGACACAGCACAAGUGUGGAACACACACCACAUCAGGCCAUCCAAAAACUUGCAAGUUCCCAGCGGUCGGCCCAAUGUGAUGUAUGCUCUACCUGAACUGUACAGUACUACAGACUUCCUCACUCCUGUUCAAGUUGAACAUAUUCAACUGUGUGCAGGUGCAUGCACCUUUCGGCAGACCAUACCAUGUGAUUCAGCUGUGUAUGACAUUUGCAAUGUUUUAAUGGCAGAGUAUGGCCUGAUGACACCAUCAGAUCCAUAUGAUUCUGUGAAACUGUACAUGUUACUGAGAGAUGCCAUUAGAGCAUUACUGUGAGUAUUGACUGGAAAGAGCCUGCUAUGUUAGUAGGGUUCCAAAUGUCUGAAAGUAAUCUGGUUGUUUUCUAUUAUCAGACA